AUGACAACUUCUAUAUCUUGCUUGUCAUUUGUUCAAAAAAUAUUAACACGAUAUGGUAUGAGUACAUAUGUUGCAUUUGGAAAUCUUGGUAAUUUAUUAGCUAUUGCUGUUUUCUGUCAAUCUGAACAACGUAAAAAUGCUUGUUCACUUUAUUUACUAUCAAUGGCAAUAUGUAAUUUACUUUGUCUUGAUGUUGCACUAAUUCCCAUAAUAUAUUCAUUAGAUCAUAUUGAUAUAACUACUGCAUCUCUAAUUGGUUGCCAAAUGCAAUUUUAUUUUCGACAUGCUUUUUUUCAAAUGAUGCGUACAUAUAAAACUCUUGCAUGUAUUGAUCGUUAUGCUAUUUGUAGUACUAAUGUUCGCUCUCGCUCAUUUAGUCAACGUAAAGUGGCUAUCUAUAUAAUUAUAGGUUGUGCCUUAUUUUGGUCAUUAGCAGUAAUAUUUUUUGCUCGGACACGAACAAUUCAAAAUGGUUCAUGUAAUAUAUUUAAUGAAAUUUAUUCAAUGAUUUAUACAAUUUAUUAUAUGAUAUUCACUGGAAUUCUUCCUCCAUUAUUGAUGAUCAUAUGUAGUAUAUUAGUAAUGAAAACUUUACGAAACUUGCGAAGUCGUGUUCAGCCGAAAAGAGAAGAUCGAGAAAAGAACCGAUCUAUUAAUAUAAUUCGAAAACGUGACCGCGAUUUAAUGAAAAUGAUUUUUACUGAAGUUAUGUUUUACGUUGUUACUACAAUACCAUAUUCGAUAUAUCUUAUUUAUAAAGUGAUAACAGAUUCUUUAAUAAAAAGUCAACAACGAAAACAAAUUGAAACAUUUAUUAAUUAUAUGGUACAGUCGUUUAUAUUGUAUUUUAACACAGCCGUACCAUUCUAUAUUUAUAUUGCAACAUCACCUACAUUUAGACGAGAAUUAAAAAGAGUUCUUAUUAAAUUUUAUGCUUUUAUUACAAGAAAACAAAUUAGAGAUGAACAAGAUACUAUUACUCAAACAAUCACUGCACGUGCUUAA